AUGAACAAGGUGGCGAUUGUGGUGACAUUUUGUGCUCAGUUUUUAGUCCAACAUGCUAACGGAGCUAUGACUAUGAAACAGCUAACCAACUCGAUGGAUAUGAUGCGUUCCGCAUGUGCUCCCAAGUUUAAAAUUGAGGAAGCGGAGCUACACGGUUUAAGGAAAUCAGUUUUUCCUGCCGAUCCUGAUAAAGAACUUAAAUGCUACACCAUGUGCAUAGCACAAAUGGCGGGAACUAUGACAAAGAAAGGCGAAAUUAGCUUUUCCAAAACAAUGGCUCAAAUUGAAGCAAUGCUUCCACCAGAGCUGAAAACUAUGGCAAAGGAAGCAUUAAGCCAUUGCAAAGACACACAAGCUGCCUACAAGGAUCCCUGCGAUAAGGCAUACUUCUCUGCAAAGUGUGCUGCAGAUUUCACCCCGGACACUUUCAUGUUCCCCUGA